CGAGGCCGCCUUUCUUUGGGCCUCGGGGCUGGUCGGAGCUUAUUCUGAGCGCUCUUGGGCGGUUGAGGGAAAGAAACGGGGGGUGCCAAGCGAAAGAGGGGCAGGACCAGCUGAGGUGAGAGAGAAGAAGCCAUCGGGAUGGUCCAAAGAACGGAAGACGAUGCCUUAUGACCUUCAUUAAAAUGUGCGUGUGGUGCAUAAAGUGCCGUCGAGUCGCUUGCAGCUCAUGGCGAGCCUGUGAAUCAGUGUCCUCCAAAACAUCCUGUGGCUCAUUCCGCACAGCAUAUUUAUAACGAGUUGCAAUCGUCAUAAAAGAACUUGUUUUCCCUUUUCAUUUAUGGGAAACAAAUUCAUUUAUAACGAUAUAAACUCGUUGGGUUGACCUGCCCUCCAUGAACCAACUUCCUGACAUUGACAUCAUAUCUCCCAUAGAGAAGCAUUGGGUACACCUGCGCUCCAUGGACCAACUUCCUGACAUUGACAGCAUAUCUCCCAUAGAGAAGCACUGGGUACACCUGCGCUCCAUGGACCAACUUCCUGACAUUGACAGCAUAUCUCCCAUAGAGAAGCACUGGGUACACCUGCGCUCCAUGGACCAACUUCCUGACAUUGACAGCAUAUUUCCCAUAGAGAAGCACUGGGUACACCUGCGCUCCAUGGACCAACUUCCUGACAUUGACAGCAUAUCUCCCAUAGAGAAGCACUGGGUACGCCUACGCUCCAUGGACCAACUUCCUGACAUUGACAGCAUAUCUCCCAUAGAGAAGCACUGGGUACACCUGCGCUCCAUGGACCAACUUCCUGACAUUGACAGCAUAUCUCCCAUAGAGAAGCACUGGGUACACCUGCGCUCCAUGGACCAACUUCCUGACAUUGACAGCAUAUCUCCCAUAGAGAAGCACUGGGUACACCUGCGCUCCAUGGACCAACUUCCUGACAUUGACAGCAUAUUUCCCAUAGAGAAGCACUGGGUACACCUGCGCUCCAUGGACCAACUUCCUGACAUUGACAGCAUAUCUCCCAUAGAGAAGCACUGGGUACACCUACGCUCCAUGGACCAACUUCCUGACAUUGACAGCAUAUCUCCCAUAGAGAAGCACUGGGUACACCUGCGCUCCAUGGACCAACUUCCUGACAUUGACAGCAUAUCUCCCAUAGAGAAGCACUGGGUACACCUGCGCUCCAUGGACCAACUUCCUGACAUUGACAGCAUAUCUCCCAUAGAGAAGCAUUGGGUACACCUGCGCUCCAUGGACCAACUUCCUGACAUUGACAGCAUAUCUCCCAUAGAGAAGCACUGGGUACACCUACGCUCCAUGGACCAACUUCCUGACAUUGACAGCAUAUCUCCCAUAGAGAAGCACUGGGUACACCUGCGCUCCAUGGACCAACUUCCUGACAUUGACAGCAUAUCUCCCAUAGAGAAGCACUGGGUACACCUGCGCUCCAUGGACCAACUUCCUGACAUUGACAGCAUAUCUCCCAUAGAGAAGCACUGGGUACACCUACGCUCCAUGGACCAACUUCCUGACAUUGACAGCAUAUCUCCCAUAGAGAAGCACUGGGUACACCUGCGCUCCAUGGACCAACUUCGGCUUCCCGGAUCAGUGCCUGUGCCUGUGAUCCGGCUUCCCGGAUCAGUGCCUGUGAAGCAAACGUCCUGGGACAACCUUCAGCAAAUGGCAGCAGGGAGAAUCCCUUCAGCUGCACACAAAAUGAAGAUUUUCUUCGUGUUGUUCUUGUUAUCGAGGAACAUGUCGUCCAGCACAACAAAGAAAGAGAAGAGAUUUCUAUUCACAUCUGAAUCUGUUGCUGAAGGACAUUCUGAUAAAAUGUGCGACCAGAUCAGCGAUGCUGUGCUUGAUGCUCAUCUAAAAAUUGAUCCAGAUGCCAAGGUUGCUUGUGAAUGUGUGGCCAAAACGGGGAUGAUCUUGCUGUGUGGAGAAAUUACAUCUAAAGCGGUUGUGGACUACCAGCAAAUUGUAAGGGAGACCUUAAAGAAGAUUGGUUAUGAUGACUCUUCCAAAGGACUGGAUUACAAGACUUGUACUGUGCUGAUAGCCCUGGAACAGCAAUGUUAUGAAAUUAAAGAGGCCAUCUCCUCCGGAAAGACAGAUGAGGAUAUUGGAGCUGGAGAUCAAGGCUUGAUGUUUGGUUAUGCCACGGAUGAAAGCGAGGAGUGCAUGCCCUUAACUAUCCUGUUAGCGCACAAACUGAAUGCCAAGGUGAAAUCUCUGGAGAGGGACGGCACUUUGCCCUGGCUUAGACCAGAUGGGAAAACACAGGUUACAAUGGAAUACAGAGAAGUUGGUGGUGCAGUAGAGCCGAUCCGUGUGCACACCUUGGUCCUUUCGGUUCACCAUGCUCCUGGGGUGCCGUUGAAGCAAAUGCAGAAAGAGCUGAUGGACAGAGUAGUGAAAGAAGUGAUUCCAUUAAAAUACCUGGAUGAAAGGACAGUCUACCAUCUCUUGCCAAGUAAAGCGUUCCUGGAAGGUGGUCCUAAGAGCGAUGCUGGCCUGACUGGCAGAAAGAUCAUUGUUGACACCUAUGGGGGCUGGGGGGCCCAUGGCGGAGGUGCUUUCUCAGGGAAAGACCCCUCUAAAGUUGAUCGCUCAGCAGCAUACGCGGCUCGAUGGGUGGCAAAGUCCUUGGUGAAAGCAGGCCUCUGUAGAAGAGCAUUGGUCCAGCUGUCAUAUGCCAUUGGGCUGAGUCACCCUCUGGCCAUCUCUGUUUUCCACUACGGCACAUCAAACAGAUCUGAGGAGGAGCUCCUCGAAAUAAUUCAGAAAAACUUUGACCUUCGCCUUGGCCCUAUCAUCAGGGAGCUGGACUUGAAGAGGCCCAUUUAUCAACGGACUGCAUGUUAUGGACAUUUUGGAAGAGAAGAAUUUACAUGGGAGCAACCUAAAAAGCUGGUGUAUUAGAGCUGUUUUGGUAGUGGGGUUUCAAAAAUGCCAAAAUUGUCAUAAGAUCAAAACUGUCAUAAGAAAGAUGUUUUGUAAACAACAAAAAACGUUGCAGUGCCAAAACCUAAUAAAGUAGCAAUGGUGUAAAAUAUAAUGAAAUAGUUGUGGAUAUGUAUUGUUGAA